AUGGGCUUUCGAGAUUGGACAAAAAUGGAAUUUAUGAGAGGUGAUAUCAAUGAGUUUAUAGACACUAUUGUAGGCUAUGAGUUAACAAUCUUAGUCGGCCUAGGCACUGUUACUAUGCAUACCUCCAAAGAUUCCCACCAAGUGCUUCAAGUGUAUAAUGAAAUGAUCCAGGACACAGCAUACAAUCUUGAGAUCCACUUACAGCAAAUUGAUGAGAAAAUGGCGCAAUUUACUUCCCAAAAUGCUUACACCUCAGACAUAGCGCUGCCCGCCCUGAUUGAUCUCAUACAACACUCUCCCAACAGGAUCUACAUCAGCAGUUAA